UUUCAUGUUUUUUUUCAGAUUAUUAAUUAAUGUUUUUAUUUUGUUGACUGGUGCGAGGGUUAAUUACUAGUUCGUGGCAAAAUCUGAAUCUAGAAAGAUAAAUGGCUGAAUCUGGUGGUGUAUCCGACGACAGUAAAGAAAAGGCCGAACAGUUCAAGAAUGACGCGAACGAGCAGUUUAAAGCUGAACAUUAUGGUCAAGCGAUAGAACUGUACACCAAGGCAAUUGAGUUGAACCCUAAUAAUGCCGUAUUCUAUGCUAACCGUUCUAUCUCCUAUCUUCGAACAGAAUGUUUUGGAUACGCUCUCACAGACGCGUCCAAAGCUAUCGAGGUUGACAAGAAUUAUUUGAAAGGGUAUUAUCGGAGAGCAAGUGCUUACAUGUCGUUAGGAAAAUACAAACUGGCUCUUAAAGAUUACGAAGGAAUAUACAAGCAUAGACCUACAGAUAAAGAUGCAAAGUUAAAGUUUACAGAAUGUAAGAAAAUUGUUCAACAGAUGGCUUUCCAGAAAGCGAUAGCUGUUGAGGAGAACAAGGUAUCUGUUGCGGAUAGUAUAGAUGUUGAGAGUAUGCAGGUGGAAGACAAGUAUGAUGGUCCUAAGCUACAAGAUGGCAAGGUUACUCUACAGUUUAUGCAGGAUUUGAUGGAGUGCUACAAGAACCAAGGAAAACUACACAGAAAAUACGCGUUCCAAAUCCUACUGGACAUCAACCAGUAUUUCAGUAGUCAACCUACCUUAGUAGAUAUUUCAGUUCCUGACGAUGGUAAGUUUACCGUAUGCGGAGAUAUUCACGGUCAGUUCUUUGAUCUGCUAAAUAUAUUCAAGCUUAAUGGACUUCCGGGACAUGACAAUCCUUACCUUUUCAACGGUGACUUUGUAGACAGAGGAUCGUUCAGUGUCGAGUGUAUUUUUGUCCUUUUCGGGUUCAAACUCCUUUAUCCAAACCAUUUCUUUAUGUCUAGAGGAAACCAUGAAAGUGAAAACAUGAACAAGAUGUACGGGUUCGAGGGUGAGGUGAAGGCCAAGUACUCGGCCAACAUGUGUGAUCUCUUUACCGAGGUUUAUAACUGGUUGCCUCUCUGUCAUUGCAUCAAUAAAAGGGUUCUAGUCAUGCACGGAGGAUUGUUCAGUAAGGACGACAUUAAGCUGGAUGAUAUAAGAGCUACAGAGAGGUAUUAUACUGAUGAAAUUAAAUACGUUUUCUUCCAUACCUUCAUGUCAAUUAAACAGCCGAUGUACGGCAGAUCUCCCAGUAAACGUGGUGUGGGAUGUCAGUUCGGUCCAGACGUGACUCGUAGAUUUCUAGAGAACAAUAAUCUGGAUUAUAUCAUCAGAUCUCAUGAAGUCAAGGAUCUCGGCUACGAGGUGACCCAUGACGGAAAGUGUAUAACUGUAUUCAGUGCACCCAACUACUGUGACACUAUGGGGAACAAAGGAGCCUUUAUUGUACUCAAUGGGAAGGAAAUGCUCCCAAAAUAUACCACUUAUGAAGCUGUACCUCACCCUAAUGUGAAACCAAUGGCCUAUGCAAACUCUCUUCUAAGUUUAUUCGGUUGAGAACGUUCUCUUGUCUCUUGUUCAGAUCAGGAGAAGGUUCUGUCGUCUCUUGUUCAGCUUAGGAGAAGGUUCUCAAAUCUCUUGUCUCUUGUUCAACUCAGGAUUAAUCUACUUCCUGUUAAACCUAUGUUUAACUCCAUACAUCUACUAAUCUCUUACCUUCCCAGUUCAUCAACUUCACUACAACCACAAGAUAACCUCAACUAUACUCUUAAGGAUUUUAUCUAUUCUUUUAACCUACAUCCAAUAAGACUACAUGGUUUCAUUCACUAAACCUAGAUGAUAUACUCCUAAACAUGAGGUUACCUGCACUAAAUACCUAAGGUUACCUCAACUAAACCUGCAGGCUUGUCUACAAGGUUCCAUAACAAGUACCUACUCACAAAAU